AUGGGGUGGGCCGCGCGGUUCCUGACGGCGGCGUCGUUCCUGGCCGCGGGGGUCCUCUUCGCGCCCGACGCGCUGCCCCUCGGCGGCUCCGGCGCCGCGGCGGCCGCGAGGCUGGUCCACGUCCUCUCCUUCGCCACCGCCUGGGGCGCCGGCCUCUGGGUCACCUUCAUCGGCGGCAUCGUCAUGUUCAAGUACUUGCCGAGACACCAGUUUGGGAGUCUGCAGGGGAAAAUGUUCCCAGCAUACUUCAUGUUGAUAUCAGCAUGUUCAGCGAUAUCCGUGGCAGCAUUCGCGUACCUGCACCCCUGGAAGACAGCAUCAACCAUCGAGCGCUACCAGCUUGGAUUCCUUAUUUCAGCCCUUGGAUGUAACCUGUCCAACCUUUUGGUCUUCACGCCCAUGACUGUUGAGAUGAUGAUGAAGAGGCACAAGAUGGAGAAGGACCUCGGCAUCGGCACCGAGGUCGGGUACUCGAAGAACGCAGAGAUGGCAAAGAGGAACCCUGCGCUGGCAGCGAUGAACCGGAAGUUCGGGAUGAUCCACGGGCUGUCGUCGCUGGCCAACAUCAUGGGCUUCGGCAGCCUGGCCUUGCACUCCUGGUGUGAACGAUUGCAUUGCAUCAACGCGUACGCAGGAAUUCUGAAGCUGUGUCACCAGCAGGGUCCAGGGCGUCCGAGUCCUGCCGUUGCUGCUGCUGCUGACGGUGGUGCUGGUGCUGGUACUAACGCUCCAGAGGAGCAGCAGCGCCGCGCGCUCCCCUGCUCCCCGCCGUCGCCGCACUACCACGCCCUCGCGGCGCUGCUGCUCCUCUCCUCCCCUCCGCCGCCCGCGCUGCCGCUCCUCCGCCUCCUUCCUCCCGAUCCCCCACCCCCGCUGACGCUCCUCAACGCCGCUGUCAAGGCACUCUCCGCCUCCUCCUCGCCGGACGAUGCCUUCCGUCUCCUCUCCACGCUCCGCCGACUCCACGCGCCUGACCGCCUAACCUUCCUGCCCCUCCUCGGUUGCGCCUCCUCCUCCUUGCCGCUCCUCUCCGCGUUGCACUCGCUCCUCCUCCGCCUCGGCUUCCUCUCACACCACCCCAUCACCCUCGCUCUCCUCAAGCCCUACCCGUUACCGCACGUCCGCGCCUUGUUCGACGAUAUGCCCCAAAAUAACAAGUGGACCGUCGCCUACAACACCCUCAUCACGGCCUGCCUUAAGGCCAGGGACAUCCGCGCCGCACGCCACCAGUUCGACGAAAUGCAGCGGCACGGGCGAUCCAGGAGGAGCGUCGUUUCCUGGAACCUUAUGAUCACCGGAUGUGCACGCCGUGGACGAGAUGACAUGGCAGUGCAGUGUUUCGAGAGGAUGGUCAGGGAAGGAGAGGUGGCGCCAGAUGAUGGGACCUUGGCGGCGGUGCUCCCGGCUUGUGGGAGGACGGGGAAUGUUGGGGCAGGGAGGUGGGCGCAUGAGUAUGCGAGGAAGACUGGCUUGUUGGAUGGUACAGUGCAUGUUGCAAAUGCAGUGAUGGAUAUGCACUGCAAGUGCGGUGAUGUUGAUAGUGCACAGGAGGUGUUUAUGACAACACGGCAGCGCAGUGUGGUGAGCUGGAACGCCAUGAUCGCUGGAUUCUCAUUGAAUGGUCACGGAGUUGAGGGGAUUGAUCUGUUCCAGGAGAUGAGGAGGCAUGGAGUGGAGCCUAAUGCUGUGACGUUCUUGGCAGUGCUUGGAUGCUGCGCGCAUGCUUGGGCAGUGGAUAUUGGGCGGGAGAUCUUCCAGAGCAUGCUGUCGGAGCAUGGCAUUGAGCCAGCAAUUGAGCAUUACGGGUGUAUGGUGGAUUUAUUUGGAAGGUCUAGUCUCCUUGAGGAGGCGCACGUACUGAUUCAGGGGAUGCCAAUGAAGCCUAAUGCUGCGAUAUGGGGGAGCACUUUUAAGUGCAUGUCGUGCUCAUGCUGGGCUUGGCAUUGCUGA